AUGAGAUUUGUUGUAGAUGUGACAGGGAAUAGUACACUCUUGGCUUUUGCACAACAAUUGAACUGUCAAAACAACCCCAAUCUGGUAGAUAAGACCAAAAAUCUGUUUGAUUUCCUGGACUCGCUGUUGGCAGCAAUGCGAUCAAGAUCAGCAUCUGCCAUUGGCGCCCUGAUUUCUGAUUCAUAUGUAUUCAAAGCAUGCGAGAGAAAGUUUUCAAAGGACGAAAUCAUCGAACGUAUUGUCAACCUCCCAGCAGACAGAAAUGUCGAGUUCAUUGUUACAGCUUAUAAACAAAAUGCGGGACAUUUUACCGUCCUCAUCACUGUAACCGGGCUCCGAUCUGUACCAAUUGAUAUUGCCUUUGAUGUAGAGAUUUUGGGAAAUAGUGCUCUCUUGACUAAUGCGAAACAAUUUAACUGCCAAAACGCCGUCAGUCAGGUUGAUCAGAGAAAGAGUGUAAUAAACAUUUUCCUGGAUUCACUAUUGAUAGCAAUUCGAUCAAGAGAUGCCACCACAAUUAGCGCAUUCAUAGAUGACAAAUAUAUCUUUGUAGCGUGCGAAAGAAAAUUCUCAAAAGACGAAAUCGUCCAACGCCUUGUCAACCGACCAGCCGACAGAACUUUUGAUUUUGAUGUCAAACGUAUUGUAGAAAUUAAUGAGAUAUAUUAUUUGGUCGACAUCACUGUGACCGGACUCCGAUCUGUACAAAUUGAUAUUGCAUUUGAUGUAAAGGUCAAAGGGAACAGUGCUCUCUUGACUCAUGCAAAACAAUUCAACUGCCAAAACGCAGUCAGUCAGGUCACUCAGACAAAAAGUGUGAUUAAUGAUUUCCUGGAUCAACUAUUGGAAGCAAUUCAUUCAAGAUCUCCAUCCGCAAUUGGCGAUCUGAUAUAUGACAAGUAUAUCUUUGAAGCGUGCGAUAGAACAUUCUCAAAGGAAGAAAUAAUUCAACGUCUUGUCAACCGACCAGCCGACAGGGAAGUGGAGUUCGAUGUCAUUGAAGUCAUAGAAUUACCUGAGUAUUAUCUGGUCGACAUCACUGUGACCGGGCUGCGUUCUGUACCAAUUGAUAUUCGAUUCGGUGUAGCGGUGGCCGGGAAUGGUGGACUUCUGAUUCAUGCGAAGCAGUUUCACUGUCAAAAAAGCGUCGGUCAAGUUGAUCAGAAAAGACAAGUAUUGCUAGUUUUCCUGGAUUCGCUAUUGGAAGCAGUUCGAUCCAGAUCUGCAACCGCAAUGGGUGCCCUGAUGAGUGAUUCAUAUUACUACAAUGCUUGUGAAAGAAUGUUCACAAAAGGUAGGUCAAGUUAG